AUGAGCGCGAUUAUCGCGGAUGCACCACUUUUGUCCCUCGCUGAACGAGACACUAUCGGGCCACCGAUAGGCAAGGAAAUCUCACAGUUCAGCCUUACAGAGCUCCUGCAAGAAGGCGAAACAAUCCAAGCGAAUUUCAUCCGAAGUUUCGGCCAGUACCGGAUGCCCAUGGGCUGCGAAUUGCUCUUGGAUGAAGUGAUGAUUGCAAACAUGAACAACGGCACCGUCGAAUUCCACGAUCACGAUGGCACCCACAAUAUGACGCUCCCCGACGAGGACCGAAACGGUGGUCCCGCUCAAUUGCUGGAGCCCACGAUCGCGACGAUUCUGCUUGACGAGUCGAUCCUCGUGGCGGACAAGAGGGGCGCGCAUAAAUACUCUUGCACCGGGCAACACAUUGCUUCCUGUCAACCAACCGCUCCAGGAGGCGACAUCUACGGAAUGAUUCCAAUCCGCAAGGACGAUGGCUGUAUUUUGUUUGUUGUUCAGGACAGCCGACAAGCCUACUUUCGCUUCAGAAUUUAUGACAAAGAUCUAAAAGAGAAAUUAAUGGACAAGCCUAUUGCUUUCGGGGAUCUAGACGUCGAUGAAACGGGUUGGCACACGAUUCGAUUCGCAGCCGGAAUCGGUAACACAAUCGCCCUGUCAGACAUGAGUCCAGCAGGCCAGGGAAUCUGGCUGACUGACUUGGAGGGGAGAGUACGAAAAAGAGUUGGUGAGGCGAAGAGUGAUGCGGAUGGCGAAUUCAUCCAGGCUGCUGGUGUCUGCUUCGAUAAAGACGGAAACUUUCUCGCAAUCUGUUCUAAGAGCAGCAGAAUCCAAGCGUUUGACAAAGACGGCAACUUCCUAUGCUGCCUCCAGUUUCCCGAAGGAGCCAUUCAACGCCCCAGCAAUUUAUCCAUCGGUGAUGACGGCACAAUGUCGGUGGUAUCCUUGACCGGCCAGGUGUUCCUGUUCAAACUGGUCGCCGCAGACAGAAAUAGCAACUACGUUACCAGAGGCCCACGUCCUGAUGAGGGAUACUCAGUGAUCGGACGUCAUCGAAGAAGUCGGUAUUACGAGUACGGAAGAGGUGGCCCACGAGUCAAGUCGAUUCAUAAGCGACAUCGCAGAGAAUUCUUGAAAAGCGGCAGUUCCAAGCUCUUAUGGCAGCAAAUUGUGACAGACAAAGAAACUUUGCGAGAGUACGCAUGUGCGAUGGAUAUCCUCUCGAGAACGUGGGAAAAAGACGGCGAUGGAGCCUCAAGAACCGAAUGGUGUGGGAAAAAACUUGCCGAUUACAUUCAAAAGAGACACGCUAAAUUUUGCAAGCAGCAUUCAGAAUUGCAAAUACCGCCAUUGCCGUCAGACAAAAAGUUGAAAAUGCUCGAUGUAGGCAGUUGCAAUGGCCUCACAAAAGAACUCUUUGACCAUGAGAUUAUCCCAGUUGACAUUGCCCCGGCGAACACAAAUGUCUACUGUCUUGACAUGACAAAUGCAGUUGUCGGAGGCAAGACGACUAUUUCCAAUGGGAGUAUCAUGCAGCUGGGCUCCGAUUUCAACGCAGUUUCGUUUUUGUACGUUUUGACAUUUAUUCCAGAUCCAGUUCUCAGAGUCAAAGCCUUGAUGAGUGCUAACAAGUGCCUCGUCCUUGGUGGGUUACUUUUAAUAGCAUCGCCUGAUUCAGCCUGUCAGAACAAACACAUGCACCUCAUUAGAGAUUGGUUCUCUGGCUUGGAAUUACUCGGAUUUCAUAAACUUUCUUACACGAAAGAGAAGCAUUUUCACGGGCUCACUGUGGGCAAGUUCAAACACAUUCCCGAGCUAAGCCACGAGGAAAUACAACAGGCGGCAUUAAAAUUCCAUGUUCUGCAAGACAAACAUAAGAUAGAAGAUCUUGAAGAGUGA